CAAAUCAUUCAAAGUUUAAGUGAUUUAAUAAAUUAUAAAUACUUUAAUAAACUUUAUACUAUAAAGUAUACUAAAAACUAACAUUUUUUUUUGUUAACUAUGAAUUUGAAAUUUGAAAUUUUAUUUUUGACAUUCAUUUGACAUUAUAAGCAAACAAUAUAUUAAUUAUUUAAGUUUUUAUCAUCAAUUUAUUUUAAUUAAAAUUAAAUUUUCAUACAUUUUAUUUGGGGGGAGAAAUAAAUUAAUAAAUAAAUUAUGAAUUCAAUUGAUAAGACAACUGAAUUAACUGGCGAUGAUAGUAGGGAUCAGUUGAUGGACCAAUCGGUAGUUGACUUGUCGUGUCUGUCGCGAAAUGUUUGGCUAAUAAAAGUACCGAAAUAUUUGUCGAAACGUCUGGAAAAUUUGAAACCAAUGCAAGAAAUCGGAAAAUUAGUCAUGAAUUUGGACGACAAACAGAAAGGCCUAAAUCAAGUGUUGUGGAAAUUGUCGCCCAAAUUGUUGUCAUCGGCGGACACUGACUGCGGGGGUGGCGGUGUAGACGAUAAGGAAAACCAACAGCAAUUGAUGUCGCCUACCGAACACAUCAUUACAUUUGCAUCGGUAGACAACCAAUUGAUGACCGUUUUCUCGGAAAACACUACCGAAACAAAUGAGACCCGUAUUGAGGGUACAGUAGUCAAGAGGGGUGACUGUAGGCCGCGUGAGUCGACCAGUUAUCUAGAUUUUCAGCGAUUACGUGCCAAACGAGCCGACAAAACUCUACGACCGGUCAUCCAAUUGGAUCGUUCGAUAACUGUAUUCAAACCGAUUUCGGGUCAUUCGUCUACCAGAACCGGUAGUCUGGGUCCCAGACCUGAGAUUAAGUGCAAAUAUGACAAACCUGUUGUCAAGAAUAUGCUAUUCCAGGCCUACGAAAAGCAUCGGUACUAUACUAUGCGAGAUCUCGAACGGCUAACACUUCAACCAUUAUAUUAUCUCAAAGAGAUUGUACGGGAAAUAUGUGUCUAUAAUAUACGUAAUCCACACAAAUAUAUGUGGGAAUUGAAACCAGAGUUUAGAAAUUAUAAAAAAUAAUUUUUUUAAUUAUAUUAUAUUUUAAUUA